AUGGAGGACAAAGUAUUCGCAGAGAAGGAAGCUACAAGUUCAAAUAACAGUGAUACUGAUAGGCGUCCAAGAUUUGGCAAUCGUAUUCUUGAGAAUCCUAGCAAAGUGUUUGAGCAUAACGCAUGGGACAAUGUCGAUUGGAGUGAUGAAAUGGAAGAGGAAGGAAGAAGACGGGUAUCAGAAAAUUCAAAGGAGCAAGUUUCUGCUGAUUUGCAAAUGAAAUACGAGAAUGAAUGUGAUAUCUUUUGGAAUAAUUUCUACAAAAUCCAUCAAAACAGAUUCUUUAAGGACCGUCAUUGGCUAUUCACUGAAUUUCCAGAAUUAGAUGACGUUGAAAAAAACGUCAGCAAAGGUAUGGACGAAACUAUGCAGCCACAAAAUGAAUAUCCUGGAUGCAGAGCUUCUAAGCGUAUUUUUGAGGUUGGAUGCGGCGUAGGGAAUACUGUAUAUCCUAUUUUACAAACACACAACGACGAUGGAAUAUUUAUUUACUGCUGCGACAUAUCUGAAUUAGCUAUCCAACUGGUUAAGGAACAUGAAAAUUAUUCUCAAGACCGUUGCUAUGCUUUUGUUGGCGACAUUACAAAUGAGCAAAUAGAAUAUCCAUUCCCAGAGGAGUCUUUGGAUGUUGUCAUCUUGAUUUUUGUAUUAUCUGCAAUACAUCCAAACAAAUUUUCUGCUACCAUUCGUAAUAUAUGUAAGUAUUUAAAGCCCGGUGGUUUACUUCUCUUCCGUGACUAUGGUAGAUAUGACUUAGCGCAGUUGAGAUUUAAGAAAGGACACUUCUUGCAAGAUAAUUUUUAUGUACGAGGUGAUGGAACGAGGGUAUAUUUUUUUUCUCAAGAAGAAUUAGAUGAAAUGUUUCGUAAAGAGAAUUUAGUUAAGGAGCAAAAUUACGUCGACAGAAGACUGCAAGUCAAUAGAGGUCGUCAGCUAAAGAUGUAUCGCGUUUGGAUCCAAUGUAAAUAUCGUAAACCUUUCAGGAAGAGUUAA